GAGAUCGAAAAUGAGCCCGUUAUUUGGGAUGUGAAUCAUAAAGAUUAUUAUCGAAAAGACAGAAAGAACGCCGCAUGGGAUCGAAUUUGUGAUCGGCUUUGCGAAUUGGGUUACGAUUGUGUAGUGCCACAAUUGAAAAAGGAAUGGAAAUCUAUGCGGGACGCCCACAACAGAGAGCGACCUCGACCACAAACUGGAUCGGCAGCACGAGCAGGGUCUGCAGCAAGGCCGAUCCACGGAAUGAGUCGAAGUCUUUCUUUUUUAAAUACAUCCCACGUCUCAGGGCCCAGAAUGACGAAUAUAGCUGACGAGGACGAUGACAUAGAUCUCACUGAUGAAAAU